UGUGUGUGUGCCGUCCCAUAGCCUUUUCCACGUUUUUCCUUAUAGCUAUAGGGUGCAUAUAUCUGCAAUUAGGCCCUUGCAGUGGCGUUGUGUAGCAAUUUGUGAAACAAAUAGAGCAACUCGCAGGUGCUUUGUGGGCGCUUUGGUUCUGUGCAAAGUGCAAAGGAGCAGCAGCGACCGGCAAAACGUGCAUUCAAUAGGAAAUAAGCGAGAGAGAGAGAGGCGACCAACGACUAGGCGAAAAUGGAGGCACAAAAACUCACGGAACUGUUGCGCGCAACUAUUGAUCCAAAUCCCGAGCAGCGCAAGGCCGCCGAGGAUCAACUGGCCCAGAUACACAAAAUCAUUGGAUUUGUGCCCACCAUUCUGCAAAUUGUUAUGCAAACGACGCUGGAGCAGCCGGUGCGUCAGGCGGGUGCCGUCUACUUGAAGAAUCUGAUCAACAGCAGCUGGUCGGACCACGAGGCAAAGCCGGGCGAGCCCAUACCCUUCUCUAUACACGAACAGGAUCGGGCCAUGAUCCGUGGCACCGUUGUGGAUGCCAUUGUCCAUGCCCCCGAAUUGAUCAGGAUUCAGCUCUCCGUCUGCGUUAAUCACAUCAUCAAGAGCGACUUUCCUGGUCGCUGGCCCCAGGUGGUGGACAACAUCAGCAUCUAUCUGCAGAACCAGGAUCUGAAUGGAUGGAACGGAGCGCUGCUCACCAUGUAUCAGCUGGUAAAGACGUACGAGUACAAGCGAUCCGAGGAGCGGACACCGCUCAACGAGGCCAUGAAUCUGCUUCUGCCUAUGAUCUAUCAGCUGAUAAUUAGGCUUCUCAACGAGCAGUCGGAGCAGUCAGUUCUCCUGCAGAAACAAAUACUCAAGAUCUACUACGCCCUCACGCAGUACAGCCUGCCGCUGGAUCUCAUCACCAAGGAGAUCUUUUCGCAGUGGAUGGAGAUCUGUCGCCAGAUUGCAGAUCGUGAGGUACCCGAUUGCUCGCACUUGGAUGAAGAUGAACGCACCGAAUUCCCCUACUGGAAGACCAAGAAGUGGGCCCUCCAUAUCAUGGUCCGCAUGUUCGAGCGCUAUGGAAGUCCUAGCAAUGUGGUUAGUGAAAAGUACCAAAAAUUCGCUGAGUGGUAUUUGCCGACCUUCAGCCAGGGUGUUUUAGAGGUGCUCCUUAAGAUCCUCGACCAGUACCGGAAUAGAGUCUAUGUCUCGCCGCGUGUCCUCACCGAUGUGCUAAACUAUCUCAAGAAUGCCGUAAGCCAUGCGUACACCUGGAAGCUGAUCAAGCCCCAUAUGGUGGCAGUCAUACAGGACGUUAUCUUUCCGAUCAUGUCCUUCACGGACUCCGAUCAGGAGCUGUGGGAAAGCGAUCCCUAUGAGUACAUUCGCUUAAAGUUUGACAUAUUUGAGGACUAUGCCACACCUGUGCCAGCUGCCCAAUCGUUACUGCACUCCAUCUGCAAGAAGCGCAAGGGCGUCCUGCCCAAGGCCAUGGCCACAAUAAUGCAGAUCAUAACAUCCCAGCAGGCAGACAACAAGCAGAAGGACGGAGCCCUGCACAUGAUCGGCACCCUAGCCGAUGUCCUGCUAAAGAAGGCCCUGUACAGGGACCAGGUGGAGUCCAUGCUGACGACAUAUGUGUUCCCCGAGUUCCAGAAUCCCGCUGGGCAUAUGAGGGCACGCGCCUGCUGGGUGCUGCACUAUUUCUGCGAUGUACAGAUCAAGAAUCCCCAAGUUCUGGCAGAGAUCAUGCGGCUGACCACCAAUGCCCUGCUGACAGACAAGGAGUUGCCCGUGAAAGUGGAGGCCGCCAUUGGGCUGCAGAUGUUCCUAUCGUCCCAGGACGAGGCGCCGCCAUAUGUGGAGGCGCAGAUCAAGGAGAUCACCAAGGAGCUGUUAACCAUCAUUCGGGAGACGGAGAACGAGGAUCUGACGAAUGUCAUGCAGAAGAUUGUGUGCACCUUCACCACACAGCUGCUGCCGGUGGCCACCGAGAUCUGCCAGCACUUGGCCACGACUUUCAGCCAGGUGCUCGAGUCGGAGGAGGGAUCCGAUGAGAAGGCCAUCACCGCCAUGAGUCUGCUCAACACAAUCGAAACCCUUUUGAGUGUGAUGGAGGAGCACCCCGAAGUGCUGCUCAAUCUGCAUCCCAUUGUCAUCAAUGUGGUGGGUCACAUAUUCCAGCACAACAUUACGGACUUCUACGAGGAAACGUUUUCUCUGGUGUACGAUCUGACGUGCAAGGCCAUUUCCCCGGAAAUGUGGCAAAUGCUAGAGCUGAUCUAUCAGGUAUUCAAGAAGGAUGGCAUCGAUUACUUCAUUGACAUUAUGCCGGCGCUGCAUAACUAUGUGACGGUCGAUACACCAGCCUUCCUCUCCAAUCCCAACCGACUCCUGGCCAUACUCGACAUGUGCAAAACGAUGCUCACUGGUAAUCCCGGCGAGGAUCCAGAGUGCCAUGCGGCCAAACUGAUGGAGGUCAUUAUUCUGCAGUGCAAGGGCCAAAUCGAUUCAGUGAUACACAUGUUCGUGGAGCUGGCUCUGUCGCGCCUAACACGCGAGGUUCAGUCCUCGGAGCUGCGCACCAUGUGCCUCCAGGUGGUGAUUGCGGCCCUCUACUACAAUCCCCAGUUGCUGCUCUCCAUUCUGGACAAGAUGUCGCAGCCGAAUAACGAACCAAUAAGCUCGCAUUUCAUCAAGCAAUGGCUUCACGACACCGACUGUUUUCUGGGCAUUCACGAUCGCAAACUGUGUGUCCUUGGCCUGUGUACACUCAUCUCAUUGGGCGAUGCCAAGCCGCAGGUGCUGAGUGAGGUGGCUGCCAAGAUUGUGCCCUCGCUGAUCCUGCUCUUUGAUGGCUUGAAGAGAGCUUACGAGUCCAGGGCCCAGGAGGACGAAGAGGAGGAGGAGGAGGAGGAUGGCGAUGACUGUGAGGAGGCUCUGUCCAGCGACGAGGAUGACAUGGACGAAAUGGCACCCAACUAUUUGGACAAACUGGCCGAGUUCACCAAAGCGAAAGCGGGCGAGGCUGGCUUUGAGGUCAAGGCCGAGGUCAAGGAUGACGACGAGUCGAAUGACGACGCUGAGGAGUCUGUGGAGGACCUCAACGAGACGGGUCUUGAAACAUUCACCACGCCAAUCGACGACGAGGAAAACGAUAGCGCCAUCGAUGAAUACUGGACAUUUAAGGAAGUUAUUACAGCACUUUCUGCCCAAGAUCAGGCCUGGUAUGCGCUGCUGACGUCAAACCUUACCCCUGAACAGGCAAGGGCGCUUCAGGAUGUGGUCGUGACCGCCGAUCAACGGAAGGCGGCCAAAGAAUCGAAGCUAAUUGAGAAGCAAGGUGGCUUCGCCUUUCCCCAGACAACAGUUCCCUCAUCCUUCAAGUUCGGCUCCUAAUUAACUGAAACUGAAACUGACACCACACCAGAGACUUAGUUCGAUUUCUGACUUGAUCGUUUCUCAUAUUCUUUCCAAAACGAAAAAAAACACUAAAACACUGAAUAGGCAUGCUGAUUAUAGCUUUAAGGCAUUCUCUUGGUUUCUACGUACAUUCUAUGUACUAAAGGCAUGGCAUGCGCUGCCGCUGCGACAGUCCUGGGAUAGUCGCAUAUAUUUAUUGUAGAUGUAUAUUUUACUGUCUAUUUCUUGGCAACUCCAUGCCAACUAAAUUAUGAUAAAACUUAAGUCGAAAUGAGUCCACACUGUAAAUCUUUGUAUGUAAACGAAACGAAACAAAAAAAAACACAACACACUGACAAGACGAGGAAGUCUCAUCAAAUGAGAUUGUACGAGCCCCCGCACGACCCCCAGAACUCCGAGAAAAACAAAAAACAAUAUGGAUAAAUGGUCAUAGAAUGAGAA